AUGCGCUCAAGUCACGUGAUCGACUGCAGGGCGGAGGGCGGCGUCCCAGCGCAGGCUCCACCCAGCAAGCGGGCACGGCCCGUGACCCGCAUUCUAAAGUCUUCUUCUUCAUCAUCAUCAUCAUCAUCAUCAUCCGCAUCGUCGUACUCGGCCGUCGGGACGCUCCGAGAAGUAGAAGAAGAUGAAGCCCGUGAAGCCGACGCUGGCGCUGCUGCUGCUGCUGCCGCUGCUUCAGGCCGCGUGUGCGUCGACGGUGGCGGCAGGAAAAGAGGGCGGGAGGAGACGGGAGAAGCAGGAAAACAAGCCAAAAUCCAGUUGGCAGCGGGCCCCCCGAAGGCGGACGGCGGCCCAGACGGCGGCGGCGCGGACACCCUGAGCCACUCUCUGGCGCUAGUUCAGCGUCUGGAGGCGCUCCUGCUGCAGGGCAACGGCAGCGACGUGACACUGCGGGUGGAGACGCCCAACGCCGACGAGGUGAAGCUGAUGGCGGUCCACACGCUGGUUCUGUCGCUGCAGAGUCCGGUCCUGGAGGACAUGCUCCGGGACCGGGACCGAAACGGCAGCGUGCUCGCGCUGCGCGAGAGCUCCGAGUGCGCCGGCGUCUUCGAAAAGUUCAUCAGGUACCUGUACUGUGGCGACCUCUCCCUGCGACUGGACCAGGCCACCCCCCUGCACCGCCUGGCCACCAAGUACCAGGUGGUGGCGCUGCAGCAGGGUCUCACGCGCUACAUGACGCUCAACCUGGCCCGCGAGUCACCCUCGGGCCACGUGGCGGGAUGGUACGAGUACGCGCUGGAGGCCGGCGACGCGGUGCUGCGGGACGGCUGCCUCCAGUCCAUGGCCUGGAACCUGUCCUCGGUUCUGCAAAGCGACGAGUGGAACGGUCUUAGCUCCCAGCUGCUCAUGACGCUACUGCGCCGGUCUGAUUUGGUUCUACACAGCGAGAUGGAGCUCUUUGCCGGGCUGGAGGAGUGGAUUUCACACAACCGGCCCGACGGGCUGACAGCAGAGAACGCACUGAGGGCGGUGCGCUACGCCAUGAUGCCCCCCCGAGAGCUCUUCCGUCUCCAGACCCAGUCGGCGGUCCUGGCCCGCUACAGGGAGUCGGUUCGGGAUCUGCUCUACAUGUCCUACCAGUUCCACGCCGCCUCCCCCGUGCACAUGGCCAAGUACUUCGAUGUCAACUGCAGUCUCUUCGUGCCCAGGAACUACCUGGCCCCGCUGUGGGGGUCCUCCUGGGUGGUGGGUAACCCCACCCGGGAUGACCGCAGCACCAGCUUCCAGACGCAGCUCGGGCCCAGCGGUCAUGACGCCAACAAGCGGGUUACGUGGAACGUCCUGUUCUCGCCCCGCUGGCUUCCGCUCAGCAUGAGGCCCAUGUACACAGAGGCGGGUGCCACGCAGCCCACGCGGGUCGAGGGCGGGCGCCCCCGCGUCAUCAUCACUCCCGCCACCUCCAGCGCCGACUUCGCCGGCGUGAGCUUCCAGAAGACGGUUCUGGUUCUUGCGCAGCAGCGGGGACGGCUGAUAGUCAAACACGUGUACGACUUCCACCAGAGCACCGAGGAGAACGGAGACUUCCUUGCCGACGCGGACCUGCGCCGCCGGACCUCCGAGUACCUGGCGGACGGGUCGCUGAUGCUCCACGUGGUCGUCAAACCCGUGUACCAGAGCCUCGUCGCCAGCAAGAACUGAUCACCCGCACGUGCCAAUCGUAACCGAACCUUCCCCUGUCUAUUAUUGUCUUCGCGCGACGCCCGUGUAGAUCGUCCGUCAUCCGGGUCACGAAAAGCCGCAAACGUUAAGCAGAGGGAACUGGACACUUCCUGGUUGUUGAAGACGUCUCGACUUUAAUCCAAAGGACAUCUUUACUUCGAAAUAUAAACAUCCAAAAGUGAUGGCGUCAAAACGUACAUGGCUUACGGUCCGCGUCCAGCACUGUCCCGAUCAUUCAUCGGCCACACCCGCUCGCAACAACGAUAACGAUGACGACGAUGACGAGACCCCUGUUGUGACCACCCCCACGUGACAGCCCACCAGAGACAUAUAUCGAGACGGCGCCUCAGCUAAAAUUUUGAAGUAAAGAAACCUUUGGGAUAAAAAGACAAACGUGGUCAACAGCGCGGUCCACUUGCCCCCGUUCCACCUUUGCGGUUUCGCUUCUGUUUCUCUCGUCUAUAAUUAAAGAGGGUUUUGCAGUUUUUGUUUCGAGAACCCACCUCGCCCGAGUCAGAUCAUCCGAUCAGAGAAAGGGGUCAGUCAUUUGCCUUGCGCUGGCACGGUAGGUUAAUUGACGCCUCUGAAUUGCCCGUAGGU